AUUGUUAUCAUAAUCAGGCUACACAUCCUGGAUGCUGAUGCAGACCCAUCUGUACGACAACACUACAUCUCGCUCCAUACACGAUGUGCUGGCGAUGAUGCUCGAGAUGCACCGCUACGUUGUGCCCCGUUUGGAAAAGAUUUCGAAAGCCACGCGAGUCAUCGUGCUGUCCCAGAGCCGCCACCGUCCUCACUCCCCGAAUAGGUUCAACAGAAGGGCGACCUUCAGCAACGCGAACCUCGAAUGGAGUGAGAUGACGUUCCUGCACUUCAUGCGAGCGUACAGAGAAGGCCACGCCUUCGUCUCUCGCGACGGGCAGCAGGCAGACGCCCAGGACAGCGAGCACGGAACGAAUCGUCAGGGAUCGUUCGACUGGAAUCAUGCAGAGAAGACGCGGCAGUCCACACACACUCAGGAUCGUGAUUUCAGUAACGAACCGCAAGACAGAGGCGCUGCGGACGAUGGAGAACCCCUUCCUUGGAACGACCAUAGGCACGGCCAACGACUAAAAGACCACUCAGUGUCGUACCGGGACCAUCUGAUCCCUGGAACAUCCACGCCGGGCCUGUGGUGGUGGGACUCGAACCUCCCGAUCAACUUGGCGGAGAUCGAAGAGUGCAACGAGCUUCACCGUCGAGACCUGACUGGUGACUUGGCUUACACAGGUCCUCCUCUUGCCUGCAGGGACGAUCACCACGCCGGACCGGGCACGAAUUCUGACCUCGUUACCAUGUUACUGAACCUAGUAUGUAAUUCCGUCUUAGGUAUGUCUGAGACAUUCUGUUGCACGUGAAGAUGUAUCGAUAAGUAAAAUGUAUCACGGUUCUAUCGGACUUAUGAAGGCGCAUGCGAUAAGAAUGAGUCCAAAAGGUCAAAAAUAAAUGUUUGAGAAAAAAAAAAUGCGAUAGCGUGCGUGUGAAACGAAGACGGAGGCAAAGAUUUUAAAAAGUGGUUACUUAAAAUAGAAUAAUGGAAGAACGAGAGAAAGAAUAGUGAUAAUGACGGGAAAAGGAAGUAGUAGGAGUAAGGAAAGAGGUGUGUCGUGGAUUAGUAUGAGAUCAGUACAAGAGACUAUUAGGGUAAGAGAAAGGCUUUGGUAAUAGUGAAUAUCUGUGGCCACGGAGGCAAGGAGGCUGAUUUUACGGUUUUGAUUUUAUAUAUGUUGUUACCAAUACAUACUUCGACUUAAA